UAGCUAGUUCCACUUCCUAUCAAAUAAUUAUAAUACAAAAAUAUUUUUAAAAUCGGGGAAGACCGACGGAAAAAUUGAAUCGGCAAUUCGGCAUUGGUACGCAGGGAGAGUUGCCGCCUCUCCCCGGCGCGUUGGGCACCGCGCUUUCUGCCUCCUUAUAUCUCUUCUGUGGAUUCUUGAGAACUCUACUCACUCUCAGGGAUAGGAGAGGAAGAGACACCAUCUGGGCGAAGAUGGCCGCUUCGCUUCCACUGCCGCUAUGUGCCCUUCUUCUCUUGUCUUCCAUCAUCGUCCUUUCUCAUGCAGCAGCAUACGAAACGAUCACAUUGGAAGGUGUUGAUCUAGGAAACCCAAGACGGAUCCAUUUUAGCUCUCAGUAUGGACAUUCACCUGGCCGCGAUCCAAAAGAAGCAUUGUUCUGUGAACGAGUUAAAAUUUCUGGUCAAUCAAGACUGAAACUUGCUAGCUAUUCUAGCGCUCUCAGGGUUACACUCGUACCCUUUCCUGUUAUUUCCGAAAGACUUCAUCGAAGGAUUCAUGUUUGUUUCCACCGGAAUGCUUCACUUGGACGGUGUGAUUGUGAGAAAGAAGAGUGGAAAACUUUUCAAAAUGCUCAAUGGAGUUCAGUCAUGUCUCCUUAUCAGGAGAGAUAUAUUGAUGUGAAGACCACUGGAGGAAUAUCUGGUGGCGGUAUCACUGUCCAGCUUAAAGAAGAAUCACAAAGGUGGCGCCUCUUGUGUCUGGCAGUGGGAUUCAUAUUGCUAUUGCUUGCACCAAUAGUCAGCAGCUGGGUUCCGUUCUACUAUAGCACAUCAAUGGCUAUUGGCAUUUUUCUUGUCAUCAUCAUUCUUCUAUUUCAGGUAUGCUGUAAUCUCAAUUAUCUGGGUAUGAAAUUACUGCCGACUGGAAGGAAAAGUGUCCUCUAUCUCUCAAUAUAUGGCUCAGUGGUCUCACUCCUCAAUUUUUGGUUACAGCUUGGGGUUGGCACCUUCAUUUUGCAUCACAUAUCUGAGCUCAUCAAUUCUAUUCUUCUUAAUUUUGGGCUUGAUGAGGAGAUGCACAAUCCGGUCUACAUAUUUGUAUUAGUAGGCAUUGUGCUUGCCGGAGCAGGAUUAGGGUAUUGGAUGGUUAGAAAGUUUGUUGUUGCAAAAGAUGGAAGUGUGGACCGUGGUGUAGCAGAGUUUGUUAAAUGGGCUAUUCGGGCGAUUGCAACCACCUUUAUCUUCCAGAGCACACCUGAUCCUCCAUUAGCAUUGCUUGCUGUGGUCUUAACGUACACCAUAUGCUCCCUUAUCAUAAAGUGGAUGAGGCAACCUAGGUACAAGUCAGGGAGGGCUGUAGGAAAGCAGAGCCGGGCUGAAUUCUACAGCAGAUCAGCCACAGCAACAGCUAAAAUGAGUCCUGGAGGGAGAAUGCCAGGUGCUUGGAUGAACUCCCCAGUCAAAGGUUUGGUGACAUCAUCAUCUGCUGCUCCAGCGCAGCAUGGCAGCACUGUGAUGGAUCAGGAUUAUUACUCAACCUUCCAUAAAACAGCAAAGAGAAAGAAGUUCACAAAGGAAGAAUGGGAUGAGUUCACCAGGGAGUCAACAAAGGAAGCAAUGAGAGAAUGGGCAUCAUCUCCUGAAGUGGCCAGUUGGCUGAUCAACAAUGCUGACCGGAUUCAACUCCUUCCAAGCGAUUGCAGUUCAGACGAAGAGGCAUCUGGCAAAGACAGUGAGACAGACUCGACCGAGGAGAAUGCAUCUAGUAUCCAAGGUGGUAAAGGGCUUAGCUGUUUAUUCAGCUGGUGAGGAAAAGAGAAGAAAUGAGGCUGGAUCAUGGCGACGUUGUUUUAGGUUCUUUCUGUGGCAGAGUGCUGAUCUGAAAAGAAACCCAAACACAGACGUGGCACAAUUGAUGGCAGAAUGUCUCCCUAUGUCUCCCAACUAUCCACGUGCCACUGUCUGAGUGGUUCACAGAAUCCACUAGCCUGCCCUAAAAUCCAUUUCCAUCAAGGAUUUCUGCUCCCUCCAAGCUUUCUCCACCACUUAAUCCCCAACCCCACUCCCUCCCUAUUGACUCUGUCACUGUCCAGAAAACUUCAAACCCAGAAACUAAGAAUCAAAGCUAACAACAACUCAUGAUUCAGAAUUCCCCACGCCCACCCAAUUUCCCCGCCAUUCCAUUCCUCUUUAUUCUUCGCUCUUUCUUCUGGUUCUUCUCAAAUCAUCUCUCCCCAUCAACCUUGAGUCCCCUUUUCAAUGGCGAUCCCCUGUUCUCCUGACUGGUCACUGGUAGCUUCUUCUUCAUCUUCACCUUCGCACAUCACGUGCUCCACCAAACCCAAAAGCUUCCCACCAUGCACCAAGCGCAACAGCUUCUCUUUCCGCCCAAACUCCAACUUCCAUAUCAAAUCUUCCUGCUUCCCAUCUGCUCCAGUUCUGGCAGCAGAAGAGAAAGAAGAAGCACCCCCAAAUUUCCGUGGCAACCACUUCCGGCUUCAAAGAGACUACAACCUCCAGCAGCAGCCCUACCCGGCUUCAGAUGCAGAGAAUCUCAACGCAUUCCUUCGUGGGUUGCUUCACGAUCCCAGAACCGAAGCCUUGGCUUGUGACCACUACAGGAAAGCCAAGGAAAACCCACAGUUCAAGCCAGAGAAGUCCGUCGUAAAGCUUCUGGUGAAGUAUCUGGUUCGAACCAAGAACUGGGAUCGUUUGCUUCUGUUGCUUUUAGACGAUUUCAGGAGGUACGAUACUCUCCCCGACGCUUACACUUGCUCUACAUUGGUCGAGAAUUGCAUCCGAGCUAGGAAAUUCAGAAUUUCUGACCGAUUCCUCGUGAUUUUCCAAUCCCACCCUAAAGUCUCUGUUUUAGCUUUCAAUUCCGCUAUGAAAGGUUACAACAAGUUGCAUAUGUACGGCAGUGUGAUUCGAUUGCAUGGUAAAAUGAAAUCUUCUGAAAUCGGUUUGAGUUCUGGCUGCUAUUACCAGGCAAUGAAGGCACACCAGAAAUUGGGCAAUGCAGAAAACGUAGUUGCCCUGUUUGACGAGUUUGAAUCUGAAGAGCUUGACCCAAAACUAGAAGUUGUGACCAAAAUGUACAGAGUAUUGACUGAAUCACUAGCCAAAUCAGGUAGAGCUUCUGAAGCUCUCGGUUACUUGAGAAGGAAUAACAAGGAAGAUGGUUUGCUUGUCGAGGAUCCCAAAAUCUACUCAUCGUUAAUCUGGUCAUUUGCUGACUCCAAUCAAGCUCGAGAAGCGGAAGAGCUAUUUCACGAAGCGAUAGAGAAGAACGCAUUGCAAGACCCAGAGGCAUUCUCGAAGCUCAUCUCGAUGUAUAUCGAGCGAGGUCAGGUGGAAAAGACUCUCGAUGUUGUCAGUGCCAUGAGCCACGAUGCAAACGUCAAGGUUACCGAUUGUGUGUUCUGUACGGUACUGAACGGUUUCGCCAAAAGGAGAGGCUUUUCUGCUGCAAUCAAAGUGUACGAGGAGAUGAUAACCAAAGGGCAUGAGCCAGGACAGGUGACCUAUGCAUCAGCGAUCAAUGCAUACUACCGUGUGGCAAACUAUCGCACAGCAGAGAAGGUGUUUGCAGAGAUGCGCGAGAAGGGUUUCGACAGGUGCCUUGUGGCGUACUCCACCGUGAUCGCGAUGUACGGGAAGAUGGGUAGAGUUACGGAUGCAAUGCGGCUGUUGGGGGAAAUGAAGGAGAGGAAGUGCAAGCCCAACAUAUGGGUGUACAAUUGCUUGCUUGAGAUGCACGGUAGGGCGAUGAAUGUGAAGCAGGUGGAGAAGAUAUGGAGCGAGAUCAAGAGGAGGGGAGUAGGUCCCGACAAGGUCAGUUAUACUAGCCUCGUGAGCGCAUACAACAAGGCAAAGGACUUCGACAAGUGUGUUGAGUUUUUCGAAGAGUACAGGAAGGUGAUGAAUGGCGAUGGUGUGGAUAGGAAGAUGGGAGGGAUAAUGGUGGGGGUAUUCUCAAAGAUGAGUUUGAUAGAGGAGAUGGUGAAGCUGUUGAGAGAAAUGGAGUCAGUUGGGACGGGAUUGGAUGCGAGGCUUUAUGCAACGGCUUUGAAUGCAUUGAGAGACACUGGGCUCGAGUCGCAGUCAAAAUGGUUGAAGGAGAGCUUUCAAGCUACUUGAGUAGGGUAUACCCUUUUGAUUUAGUAUCCUUUUCACUUCAGAAUCCCUGUUGUAGCUCAGUAGCUAGCAUCUUAUAGUGUGUACUGUACAUAAAUGGUUGUAUAGUGGCGCCUGUGAUGAUAUAAAUGGAAGAUUUUUCUGUGAUGUUGUCAGAGAUUAGCGAAGAUCAUCAUUAUUAGCUGACAUAACUGAGGAGAUACAGAGACCAAAGAUUGGUUUAACAGGCAGAUGGUGGAUAAGAUAACUCAGAAAAUAGGGAAAUAAAUACUAAACAUUGGCUCAUAAUACAAGGGCAACCCUUUAUUUGACACUCUUUUUCCUUCUACAGCAAGCAACUAGCAAUGCCUGCCGGCAGUUCUGAAAUAAUGGAACUGCGAUUACUUCCCACACAAGGCAGCCCCCGGAACCCAGCUGUGCUAAGCUCAUGGAAGGGUGAAGCCUCCACACUUCUUCCCAGCAGGGCGGUUGCGAAUGUUGCAGCGUUUGGGGAUGGUGAUGGCGACCCCAGGAUUGAUUCCAGCCUGCUUGGCCAAGGGGGACAGCAGCACGGCGCAAAGGCACUUGGGAGCCGCCUUGAUCAGCCCGCCGACUUUGGAGCAGCACGCCGGCGGCACAGCUGCCCUGGCGUUCCGAGCAGCGCUCAAGCACGGGCUCAGGCUUGCCGCUGCAGCCCCUAUUGGUGUCUUCCCGCAGGCACUGCCGCCUCUGCCACCACCUCGACGUCCCGCCGCUUCAACGUUGAUCAUUAUGUCAGCGUUGGAAAGGAACAGAAGGGAGAGUAUGGCAGCGGCAGCAAGCCAAUUCGCUCUAGCGGCGGCCAUGAUUAGUAUGUAAGUAAGCAGUAAUUUGAAUGGUGUGUGGUAUUCUGAAGUGAAGAGAUUAGGUAAUGGAGUAGUAGUAGUGCAGAACUGUGUGUGCUUAGCUAGUUGGGAGGGUGGGUGCAUAUAUAUAUAGUAGUGGAAGGAUCACUCACUGAAGUGUGAACUCGUAACAGCAAUUAUGGUUCCUGCUAAUUAAUUAUUCCUCUGGUAUAGAUUACCGACAUCACCAUCAUUUCACCCACGCAGGCUUACCAUAUUUGAG